UUCCCGAGGGGGCGGGGCCGAGCGCGGAGCGGAGCGGAGGGGGAGCGAGGCCGGCCCGGCAGCAUGCUGCAGGUUCCGCUGCCCCUGGACCGUGACGGGAUCCUGCUCCGGCUCCGUUUCACCACGCUGGCCGUGGGCACCGUGUGCUGCCCCCUGUUCGGGUUCCUCUUCUGCGUCACCUGGUCCCUGCUCUUCCACUUCCAGGAGACCACGGCCACCCACUGCGGGGUCCCGAACUACCUGCCCUCCAUCAGCGCGGCGAUCGGCGGCGAGACCCCGCAGCGCUACGUCUGGCGCCUCUGCAUCGGGCUGCACUCGGCGCCCCGCUUCCUGGUGGCCGUCGCCUACUGGAACCACUACCAGAGCUGCCACUGCUCCCACCCCCGCUACCCGCGCUUGUGCCACUUCAACCUGCUGCUCAACCUGCUCGAGAACUUUGCCCUCCUCGUGCUGACCUACGUGUCCUCGUCCGAGAACUAUGGUGGUUGUUUGGAGACGUUGCGUCCUGCACACCAGAAGGACGUGGUUCCACUGCUGUCGUGGAAAACCAACCAGCCAGUGCAUGAAGCACAGCACUUCAGGCCGCUGAGACGGCUGGCAGCUCGGUGCAAGCUUAUUUUCCUGCUCGCAGAUGCUGUCCCGUUUUGCAGCGCAGCGGCUGAUUUCUCUGCUCCUCACCCGGGAGUCGUGCCCAGAGCAGCCCAUCCUGGGGCUCUCGCUUGCGUGCUGGACGUCAGCCCCAUAAAGCCUCCCACCAGCCGGGCACUCGCUGGCUUAACCUGGGCCUUCACCGGUCAGCCCGUGGCACUGGGGCCAAGAAAGGAGCCCAAGGACUUCCCCUGGAUGCUCCAAGACUGCCUCACCUGAGCCCCACGCUGCCCCAGGGUUCGAGCAGACCCUUCCUCCAGUCCUGUUCAUGGGCGUUUGCUCCCCGUGGGGAGCGCAGCACGGGGCUGGUGUGAGCUCACCAACAGCUCCGCGUGCUGCGAAUCCUGGUGCUCUGGGGGUGGAAGCCUCUGGCAGACGGAGGUCUGUGGCCCUGGGGCUUUCUGCCCAGCUCCCUGCCCUCUUCCCAUGCCGCUGCCCCCUGCGAGGCAUCCCGGUACCACCCUGCGCCUCGGGCAGCAGUGAGGAAGAGGAGGAUGCAGUGCAGCAGAGGAAGGGCAGAAGCCGCGCUGAAAGCUGAGGCCAGCCCCGCCUCGCAGCUCCUCAUUGCAGCUCCUCAGGUCUGUAGGGAAAGCUUCGGAGCUGGAGGAGGCGGGCACGGGUUACCCACCCCUGCAGGCGCUGCUCGCAGCCCCAGCUCCGAGAGCUCCUUCCCACCGCUGCUUCCCUUCCUCCGCAGCUGGGAUGAGAAGGAAGGGGGAGCGUGUUUUAUGGCCGGGUGUCUUGACUGUGAACUCAGCCCCCGGGCUUGGUUCCUGGAGAAAAGGCCGGGAAACUUCUGUUUUAUUUAGUUCCUGGAGAAAAGGCCAAGAAACUUGUUUUAUUUUUUUUUUUCAUAGAAACACUCCUUUAAAAAUCUCUCAUCUGGAAUUGCUGGGGUCUGUGUGUGGCUUUGGGGGUCUGCGAGCUGCUUCAGUUCAGAGCUCCAGCCAGCCGCGUUUCCAGCCUGAUAAGUCGGUGUCAGCUCAGUGACGCAGGGUGGCCUCGGUGCUGGCGACAGCAGUUAGUGGCUGGGUUGAAUGCAGGAGGCCGGAUCCCUUUCUGGACCCCUGACUGUCUCACUGCAAACCUCCCUCCGUGCCUCGGGUCGCCCGUCCCUCCCAGGGGCGCUAAUGGUGACGCUGAGCCGCUGCCCAGGGCGCCUGCGGCUUACAGCCACGCUCGGCUCGAGGCUCCUCGCCUCGGGGCUAAGCCCUCCUGAACACAUCGUGCCUGCUACGAGGCUCACGUCCCACGCCUGCCCCGGGCUUAGAGGGAGCCACGAGGACAGAUCCCUUUGCUGCCAGCUCUCCCUCCCCCUUCUCGGCACGGCUGGCGCGAUGCUGCGCUGUCCUGUCAAGGCUCCUCGGCCGCUGCUCGCCCUUGGCACAGCAUCCCCGGGGCAUGGGGGCCGCCAGCAGGGCCGUGCCCAGCGGCUCUUUGCCCUCUCAAAGCCUGUCCCUUCCCCCUGUGCUCUCAGCUCACUUCCGUGCCCAGAUUUAACAGGAAA